AUGAGCCCAGUCGCAAAAACCACCAUCGCCGGGAAGCCGGUUGGCCCCGUUGGCUAUGGCCUUAUGGGUCUAACGACGUGGGACAACGUCGGGUACGAAGAUGCCGCCAAGGCCAUGAAGGCAGCACUUGAGCAGGGCGCAAACUUCUGGAACGGCGGCAUGUUCUACGGCACGCCAGAGGCCAAUUCGCUCCACCUGCUGAAGUACUACUUCACGAGAUACCCAGAGGACGCCGACAAGGUCGUCCUCUCAAUCAAGGGCGCAUAUGACCGGGCGACAAACACGCCGCAGGGCAGCCCGGAGGGCAUCCGGGCGUCGGUGGAGGAGGCGCUGCGCGUCCUUGACGGGGUCAAGAAGAUCGACGUGUUCGAGAUGGCGCGCGUGGACCCAAGCGUGCCCGUCGAGACGAGCGUCGCGGCGCUGGCGGAGCUGGUCCGGGAGGGCAAGAUCGGGGGGAUCGGCCUGAGCGAGGUCAGCGGGGCCACGAUCCGGCGGGCAGCCGCGGUGGCGGAGAUCGCGGCGGUGGAGAUCGAGCUGAGCCUGUUCACGACGGAUGUGUUGGGCAACGGGGUGUCGGAUGCGUGUCAUGAGCUUGGUAUCGCGCUCGUGGCGUAUAGCCCGGUCAGCCGCGGAUGGCUCACUGGGGAGUUCCGGAAGCCUGAGGACAUUGCGGAGAACGACUUGCGGCGUCACCUCCCGCGUUUCCAGCCGGGGGCGUUUGAACAGAAUUUCAAGCUCGUCGAGGCCGUGGAGAAGAUUGCUAAGCGCAAGGGCGCAACAGUGGCACAGGUAGCCAUCGCUUGGGUGAGACGACAGGGAGCCAUUCCCAUCCCGGGGUCGAGGAGGGUCGAGAGGGUGGUGGAGAACUGCCAGGAUGUGGAAUUGAGCGCGGACGAUCUGGCAGAGAUCCAGACACUGCUGGAGUCGCUGCCCAUCACAGGAGGGAGGUAUCCUGCCGCGUUCGAAUCGCUCUUGAACCAGUAG